GGCUUGCAGAUAUUCAUUCGAAUGGCGUACAUGCUUGUGAGUGAGGAGAGCCAAGGCAAUUUUUUUUGCUUUCAGCUUGCAUCGCGCCGUCGGUCUGCCCCCAAGAACGCUGCCCUUGACCAAGCUCGAGCUGUCUUCUAUCUCGAUCGAAUUCACAUCGCAUGCCAUCGCCCACAGCACAUGUCAUUCGGCCUCCCUAUAUGCUGCUCCCCCUCCGAACGCAUGAGGUUCAACACUUCAAUCGACGCGCCGUACCGAAAUGGCGGAUUCUUCCUCACGCAAGAAAGAUUACUCUUCGCAAGUGCGAAAGAAGCUAGCUAACAGCACGCGCACUGGUCAAGCUUGCGAUCGGUGCAAGCUUCGCAAAAUACGCUGUGAUGCAGAUCCAAACGGUUGUGCAGGCUGUCGCGCCGCUGCAGAGCCGUGUGAAACGACCGACAGGAUCACGCGAAAAGCAUUCCGUCGUGGCCACGCUGACCAACUCGAGACUGAAAAUGCGAAUCUGAAAUCAAGACUGCACGAGCUGCAGCAGAAACUUGCCGAAUUUGGUGUCCCACUGUCGCCCGAUGCGUUCAACGGCGAGGCGGUCGGCUCAGAAGACAUUCAACAGCAUCAUGACAGCCUUGCGGGCAGUGGGACGCUGUCUGACGGCGAUCGAAGGCCUUCGUUUGCCUCCAGCGCAGAGAUGUCAAUCUGGCAGAAGCAUAUGAACAACCUUACUGGGGGAAUGUCAUCCAAUCCUGCCUUCAGCAUGCUCAGGGGCACCACCCUGUCGCUCUUUGGCAUGCAGAUUGAUCUUGCAGAGUUCGCAGAGGACUUGAACGACAUCGACUCGCCGCAGACGUUCAGCGGAUUUAUUUACUGCAUAAACGCCUCAAACACGAGAGAACACCUUCAUCCACCUCCUUUACCUCCCAACCUCAAGCAGGCCCGCGAAUAUGCUGGCUGGUUUUUUAAAUUUCUCAAUGCUUACACUCCCAUUCUCGACAAACGAGAAAUGGACAAACUGCUGGUGGAAGUCUAUAGCGAUCCUCGGCCCGGUCCUCGUCCCGGCAGAUCUGCUGCGGAAGAGACGAUGGUUCAUAUGAUGUUCGCCUACAUCAAGUAUCAAUACGGCCAGCGCAAUCAUCAUCCAGAGCUUGUAGAAGAAGCCAUAGCACACCUGAAAUACUCAGCGGGAUUUAUACAGGAUAUGCUACGCUCCCGCACAUUUCGUGACAUCCAGGCGAUGAGCUUGAUUGUACUGCAGCUCAGAGGGCUCCAGAGACCUGGGGCGUGCUGGAUACUUGGCCAGCUCACAGUCAACUUGGCCAUCGAAUGUGGUUUGCAUCGUUCAGCAGACUCACUUGCGGCUUCGGAAAGACAGCAAAUGACUCCAGCCAUGAUUGAGAGUCGAAAGCGAGUCUUUUGGGCACUGUAUGGUCUGGCAACCAAUAAUAGCACACGCCUCGGUCGUCCACCUCCUCUUCGUUUAGCCGACAUUGACAUCGAAUUUCCUCUACCGGUGCAUGAUUACUUGGAUGUCGAAGAGCCGUCGCUGACGGAGUUCCAAAAGUGUUCGUAUCAAGUGGGCAUCGCCAUUGCCAAGUUGCUAGCCCUCUACAGCGAUCUGCAUUGCACUUUGUACACGAUAUCCAAGCCGUCGGCAGCAGAGUACUCGAAGCUAGUCUCUCGAUUCAAAAGCGAUCUUGAGGUAUGGCGUGCAGCCGUGCCCCAAGAGAUUUCUGAUGCGACACGAGUGCAGGGCGAACUCAACAUGUAUGCAAUGUACCUUGACCUUUUCGAAGCAGAAUUCCGGUUCCUCCUUUACCACCCGCUGCUCCAUCCGUCGAACCAGCCGACGUCGUACAAGCGAACGCUGCAGUUGUGUGAGGGGGCAAUAUCGGACGCGCUCAAAGUGCUCUGGCAAGUUCGGGAAUUGAGGUCGCUGGACGUGCCGUGGCACACAACGACUCUGCUUCUAGCGAUGACGUUCACACAGUUGUUCAUUGGCGACCAGCGAGGCGCAGAACUCACGGCGGCGAGCUACGAACGACUGGAAUCUGAUAUGCGCACUUGGCUAGAUCUGUUCGGGACGGUGGGGACGAUGCUCGGAUCGGGCUCUCGCCUACAAAAUUCGGUCCAGCGCAUAGCCAAGAACGUGCUAGACAAGCUCAAAGUGAGUCUGGAGGGAAGAACAACGCCUGCGGCCGGAGCAUCGAUUGACGCACACUACAUUCGGACCGUACCCGAGAUGAAGAACGAACAGCACGGCGGAUAUUCUCCUGCCGUUAUGCCUACCAUCACCGGUAGCGGACAAUUCGCGGCCGUCCCAGGUCAAGGGUCUUACACUCCCUCGUUCGACAGUUCGCAAGGGGUGUAUACUGGUGCCCAGAUCAGUUAUAAUGGGCCCUCCUAUGACACGGGGGCUGGGCAGCCGAAACAGGUAGCCACCAUGGGAUCGACGAUCGGCUACUCGGCACCUGGUGGAAUCACGUAUUAUCCUCCUCACGAUGUGAGUACCGCUGCGCCUUCGACGUCGCCAGCUAAUGACUGGAUGCGCUGGGGUCAGGCGAAUCUCAACACGUUCAUACAACAUUCACAACCGGACUACAUAACACCCUCCGCAGCGACGACACUCAUGUCCUUGAGCGACGCAAGAUCCUCGGCAGGCAGUGCUGCAGGGCAAAUAGCAGAGAAUAACCACCAGUGGCCAAUGAACUAUUACAGUGGCGGUCAAUACGCGACUAGCCACCCUGGAUGAAAGCUUUUCCACACGUUAGGUUGUACGUUAUGAGACCAGAAAAAACAAAACAAAACAAAGCAAUCACAAGUUAGGGGGCCGAUAUGUCGAGUUCUGCAUGCAGCAGCACGCAUUGACCGUUCCACGCGAGGAGGCCCAGAAUGAAUUAAGUGUGCGGGUGGCCUCACUUGAAAGCCCCAGCAGCAGCGAGGCCCUCAACUGCUCGAUCUGGUGUUCAGACGGAACAUACCUGCGGCUGAAAACGAGCGACAUUUCCCAAACGGGAGCUCGCGUCAAAGGCCCAGGUGUGCGAGAGAGACCGUAAGGCUAGACGAGACGGGCACAAGCAUCGACAGCACGAGAGUAAGCCCCACCAUGUACUUCUUUUUGUGACGAAUUCAUGCGUGACGUGGGGGAAAGGGUUGGCUACAGUCUUUGGUUUUUUUUUUCUCUGUCUCUCCCCCCCUCAAGAAGAUCCCAGUAGCCCGCCAAUAAGAGUUGGUUUCCUGGCAAAGCUAGUCGUGUGCUGCGGGGACGGCACGGGCAGGGGACAGUAGAGGAGAGAGAGGGAGAUGAUGAAAGAUUCUACAAGACGACGGCUGUUCCAAUCAAGAAAAGCACUUAGUAAAACGAUCUCGAACCCCG